UUCUGCUUUCAAAAUAAGUAUGCUGUUACUCCACCCACUUACAUUUUCUGCAUUGUUCUUGCAGGUAUGAACUCCAGGUUUAAGACUAAAUCAGCUUACAUGAAAUACAACGGUGAAAGCAGAGUGCGUGGCUACUUGAAGGAGGUUGAAGACUAUACUGGGAGCAUUAAAAGUCUCAAGGUGCAGGGCGAAUACCAGAAGAUUGUGGCUACCAUGGUCAAACAGCUGAAAACUGUGAAGUACAAUGGCUGUUAUUUUGACAGGAGAGAAAAGGGAGACAACAGACUGUGCACCCCGGAGGGCUGGUUUUCCUGUCAGGGUGCAUUUGAUGCAGACAAGUGCCUGUCUCUUCACUCUAUUAAUCCCUAUGGAAACCGUGAGAGCAGAAUCCUCUUCAGCACCUGGAACCUUGACCACAGGAUUGAGAAGAAGCGUACAAUCAUUCCUGCCCUGGCAAAAGCAGUGCAAAACCAAAACGGCAGAGAAAUCAACUGGGAGUAUUUCUACAGCUUACUGUUUACCAGGGAGAACCUCAAACUUGUGCACAUCGCUUGCCACAAGAAAACCUUUCACAAUCUGGAGUGCGAUGGGAGCAAAGUGUACAGUAAAAGAAAACGCUGUAGACAGUGAACGAGCGAGGUGUGAAACCAAAGCCUUUGAGCUGGAUUCUCAAGGAAAUGCACACACAUAAGAAACCAAUGAAGUUAUGCAGGCUUGUCGUUGAACCCUACAAGCAAAUCUUAGGGAUACACAUUAUUUUAAAGGAUUGUUUAAAGUGAUUUUUAUAGUUUUCAUUUUUAAAAACAAAAUGGCCUCAAACUAUGUGAUCAAUAACCAAACAAUAACCCCGUUUACAUGCAGUAGAUAAACAUGAGCCAAACUUCCAAAAAGAGCUAUUUGUGUUUUACAAGAUUUUAAAAUCUUUAAAAAAAAAAAAAAAAAAAGUAUUGUGUCCCACUGCGGACUGAUCAUGUAAAAUUAUAUUUCUAUUACUUUUUAUAAAAUGAAUUUACGUUUAGAUAUUUUUCAUUGAGUUUUUAAAUGAACUCUAACAGAGCAAAGGACAAGCUCACAAGCUGAUGAAAUAAACAGAGCUUCAAAUACUAA